AUGAUCCUAAAACGAGCGCUGAAACAGGUAAUGGUAGUAGGAGUGCUUGCACUGGCCUAUCUACAACAGGCUAGCUGUGUACUAACAAAAAGCGACAUAGAGGGGAUAGAAAGAUAUUGGACUGAGAGAAUAGCCUAUUUUGGCACAGAAAUUACCCUGCGCUGUGAAUUCUUUGCAAAAGUUAGAACUUUUAACUCCAAUGAUCUGGCACUAAACUUGAAUAGCUUCUUAAAGAAGAAAAUGGAGACGGAAAAGACAAGCAUGGACGCCAUCAUGGAAGAGUUUCACAGUUUUGAAGAAAAGGCUGACAGAGUCAUAAAAGUAGCACACCAAACACUACUUUUAUAUAAAUUUAUAGAUGAUCCGAAUUUCAGUUCUGGGAAAGAGGAAGCAGAGAAAAUAAUCCAAACAGAGAUUAAAGCAAAUGAGAAAGAUUUAAAGGAGCUGAUCACGUCAGCCCUAGACAUCAGCACUUUGUUAGCCAAGAAAAUAAACAAGUACGAUUCGCACAUGAUAGAAGUGGUAGAGGAAAGCUUUGGAAUCAGAAAAGAGGAUAUUGAACAGCACAAUCUGGCUCUGUUCAAGCUGGCAAAGAGCAAGAUCGUAGCUGCUGACAUAAUCUACACGCUCGCUGAGACAAACCCAUCUGAUCUACGCAAUGACAAUAGAAAGAAAGAAGUGGUAGCGUAUCUACACGGGAAAAUAUCAGCGAGUGCUAUUUCAAAGAACAAUGUAGAGCUCUUCGUAAAUGCCAUAAGAAAAGAUGUAAUGGAUAAAGACAUGAACUUGGUGCUAUCAGGCAGCAGACACUUUUAUUUACUAUUCAAUAUAUGCCCAGCAGAGAAGUCUAGCGUACUUCUAGCAGACGAUGAAACAAUGGAUCUUUAUGCCAGCUUGCUCAAAGAAAAUAUUUCAGAAGAAGAAGUGAAAGAGCACACAGAUAUAACAUAUGUACAGGUUAUGAAAAUAAUAGUGAUAGAAUAUAUAAUGAGUGGACAUCUUAUGGACUAUAAAAGCAACACUAUGCUACGCAAUCUAGGAAGAGUGAUAGAGAGCACAUUUGACCCAACAGAGUAUAACAAGACAGGCGCUGAAGGUUUUAGAAUAGAACAGUCAAAACAAGAUGAAAUAAUUUGGGCUCUGCAUUAUAUAUGGGGUGACUACAGCUCCAGUUGCAGACUUCAGCGAACUACUGAAUUAUGCAGAAAAAUUGGCAUUAGUUCUUCUGAAUUUUACAAUAUGCACUCUAACUUCUUAUCCGUUAAAUGGAUGUAUGAAGGAGCUAUGGCUCCGUCAGCUGGCUCAGAUGCUCAGAAUACAGAAGACUUGGCAGUACCCCUUGAUAUGUCAUAUGCUCACCCAGCAUGGUAUGUGUGCAGACGGUGCAAGUACAUUAGCCACUCCAAUGAUGAUCGAAGCAGCAAUUUCAGUCUAUUUUCUGAAGAAAAGCCAGGCAAAUUUACAUUUAGACCGCAUGCAAUAAAAGCAACUGAUAACGAGCUGGUGUGGGCAAAGUACAUGAAAGACUGCAUUGAAGCAUGCUUCUCGGGCUGCAUAAGAGUUAUCAAAAGAGAAAAAGAUGGCGCUGUGUAUUCCAGAAUAGUUGAUGACUUUUAUAGAAGUUUAAAUGUUUGCCAUUAUAAGGAUAUGGCAUUAAUAAUAAACUAA